AUGGAGUACUUGAUCCGCUUCGCACAAGUGCACGAAAGCUUCCGACAGCCGGAGAUCCAGGCAUUGGCUGCUUUGAAAGGAAUCGAUCUGGAAAUUCUGUCUUAUAAUGAAUUUUCACCAUAUUGCCUCGUUAAGCUGAAGAAUGAAGAGACCGCGCGAGACCUCAUCUCUCGCAGUAUCCUAGCCAAGGAUAUCUUUGAGCUUUGGGGCCAAGGCACCAACUACGAUGAAGUCCAUGAGGAAGUACGCAGGCGGACCCAGCACCGCUGGAACGACUACAAAGAGGUAUCGUUCCGAUUCACGAUCGAAAGCUUUGCUGGGAAGCGGAGUAACGAAGUGAAACGGGACAUCAUCCAAUCCUUCGCCUACCUUGACUUCCAGGGCCCUAUCCGGAUGAAGAAUCCGGAUGAGGAUUUCUGGGUCUUGGAGGAAUACGUUUCGGAUGUCGCAGUCUCAAAAACAGCACCUUCGCCUGGCUCAGCACAACCGGUUGAACCACAGCAUCCGCAGAAAAUCUACUUCGGACGCUGGGUUGCCAAUAGUAGCCGGGACGUUGUCAACAAGUACGACCUGAAGAAGCGACGAUAUAUCAGCACAACAUCGAUGGAUGCAGAAUUGAGUCUCGUGACGGCGAACAUGGCUCAUGCUGCCCCUGGUAAACUAUUCUUCGACCCGUUUGUGGGGACAGGAAGUUUCUGUGUUACUGCGGCACAUUUUGGAGCCUUGACCCUUGGGUCAGACAUUGACGGGCGUAGCUUUCGCGGCAAAGAAAUGGAUAAGGGCAAACCGAUGGGAGUGCUCUCGAACUUUCAACAGUAUGGUACUAUGGGCAAGUUCAUGGAUGUUUUCACAUCCGACCUCACAAACACGCCUCUGCGUUCCAGCCAGUUCCUGGAUGGCAUCGUCUGCGACCCGCCUUAUGGUGUGCGAGAAGGACUUCGAGUAUUAGGCACUCGCGACGGGCGUGGAAAAGAGGAGCUCUUGAUAAACGGAGUUCCUGCUCAUUAUCUCCCUGGCUACAUAGCACCUAAGAAGCCGUACGGUUUCGAGGCAAUGCUGAAUGACAUCCUUGAAUUUGCCUCCCGCAGCCUAGUCACUAAUGGUCGACUGGCUAUGUGGAUGCCUACAUCCAGCGAUGAGGAAGGGGAGUUGGCCAUUCCGAUGCAUCCAAACCUGGAGGUCCUGAGCAUCUCUGUUCAGCCAUUCAACAACUGGUCUCGCCGGCUCAUCACAUACCGGAGACUUCCAGAGGGAGAGACCUCAGAUGUGUCCUUGGGACGACGAAAAGGGGAUGCUGAAGGUGUUUAUGCAGAUGAUCUGAACGCAUUCAGGAGAAAGGUGCAUUUAUCUCUCCUAACAGAUUUUUAUGGGAAAUCCAUGGCUGACAGCAACAUAGUAUUUCAAGAAGAACCCAAACACGAAGACCACAUCCGGUACAAAUGA